UUUUGGUUUUUGUAAUUUUCGUUUUUCUUGCCAACGUGGAAAUUUGAACCUUAGAAAAAACUCCUGCACUUUUACAUUGUCUCCGACCCGUUUCAGACACUGUUGUUGGUUUUUUGGGAUAAGCCUCGAUUCGUUUGCACUCUGUUCACUCAUCCAUGGCAAUAACCACGGCAUCAGCAGCAGCCCCAAGUCUCUAUUAUCUCUCUUUUCUCACCCGUCGCAAUACCACUCCUUCCUUUUCCUUCCUCUUCCCUAAACCCACCAAACCCUUUUCUCUCUCCCAUUCAUUCCACUCCCUUUCCCUCACACCCCAAGCCAAAGCCUCCGACAUCGACAUCCCCUUCUUCGACGACCUCAACCCCGAAGAAGACGUCGUCUUUGACCCACCACCGCCCCCUGAAGGGUUCAUCCCACCACCUUAUUUCGACGAUGGCCCCGAGGAAACCGAAGAUGAAAUCGCCGCUGCCUAUGAGGAACUAUACGGCCCAGCCUACAGUGGGGUCUCCGUUUUAGGCAACGAUAUUUAUGUGAUGGACUCUAAAGUGAAAAAAACAAGUGCGUUUGGGAAAGUUAAGAAAGAAAAGGUAAGGGAUGGGUUUGAGGAAAGAGUUGUUCAAGUUAGGAGAGUUACUAAAGUGGUUAAAGGAGGGAAAAAUUUGCAAUUUAGAGUUAUUGUUGUGGUUGGUGACAAGCAAGGGCAAGUGGGUGUUGGAGUUGGGAAAGCUAAGGAAGUUAUUGCUGCUGUUCAGAAAUCGGCUUUGAACGCUAGGAGGAAUAUUGUUACUAUUCCUAUGACAAAGUAUUUGACUUUUCCACACCGAUCUGAGGGUGAUUAUGGGGCAGCAAAGGUGAUGCUUAGACCUGCUGCACCUGGUACUGGAGUGAUUGCAGGAGGUGCUGUCCGAAUUGUUCUUGAAAUGGCAGGUGUUGAGAACGCAUUGGGUAAACAACUUAGAAGCAAAAAUGCCCUUAACAAUGCCAGAGCUACAGUUGUUGCAGUGCAGAAAAUGAAGCAUUUCCGUCAGGUUGCUCAAGAGCGGGGGAUCCCAAUGGAAGAGCUGUGGAAAUGAUGGUACUGGAAGCGUGCUUCACCUAUUCCCUCAUCCUCUUUUGGCAAUGUAGAUUCUGUACACGAGGCUUUGGUAUGUAAGCCAACCAACUACAAGAUUCAGAUAUUUCUUUUGUUGAUUAUGAUUGAUGCUUUGCCUUCUAAUUUUUUAAAAAAUUGCUUCCAAUGAAUGUUACUCUGAGCUUCAAUUAGAAUUUUUCCUUUUCAGUUUCA